AUGGAGGAGAGGUAUGAGGCAAUGAAGGAUCUUGGUUCUGGGAAUUUUGGAGUGGCAAGGCUGGUCAGAGAUAAGAAGACCAAGGAGCUUGUUGCAGUCAAAUACAUAGAAAGGGGAAAGAAGAUUGAUGAGAAUGUUCAGAGGGAAAUCAUAAAUCACAGGUCCCUGAGGCAUCCAAAUAUUGUCAGGUUCAAAGAGGUCUUGCUGACUCCAAGUCAUUUAGCUAUUGUCAUGGAAUAUGCAGCUGGUGGUGAACUUUUUGAGAGGAUCUGCAGUGCUGGUAGAUUUAGUGAAGAUGAGGCAAGAUUUUUCUUCCAGCAGCUGAUAUCUGGAGUCAGCUACUGUCAUUCCAUGGAAAUUUGUCACAGGGAUCUGAAACUGGAAAAUACACUCUUAGAUGGAAGUGCAACACCACGUCUUAAAAUUUGCGACUUUGGAUACUCCAAGUCUGCUCUGUUGCACUCACAACCAAAAUCAACAGUUGGAACGCCUGCAUACAUUGCUCCAGAGGUUCUAUCACGGAAGGAAUAUGACGGAAAGAUUGCAGAUGUUUGGUCCUGUGGUGUGACGCUAUACGUGAUGUUGGUAGGAGCAUAUCCUUUUGAGGAUCCUGAAGAUCCUAGAAAUUUUCGUAAGACCAUCGAGAGAAUUAUGAGUACCCAGUACUCCAUACCCGACUAUGUACGUGUUUCUGCAGGCUGCAAGCAGCUACUUUCUCGUAUUUUUGUUGCCAACCCUUCCAAGAGGAUCACUCUUCCUGAGAUAAAACAGCACCCUUGGUUUCUGAAAAAUCUGCCAAAAGAGCUCAUUGAGGCUGAGAAAACAAACUAUGCGGCAGUGGAGCGAGACCAACUACAGAAAAUUGAAGAAAUAAAUAGGAUCAUAGAUGAGGCAAGGACACCAGGGCAAGGAUCCAAAGCAGGCGGCCUAGCUGUUGCCGGGCCAUCCGACUCUGAUGAUGUAGAGGCUGAUUUGGACGACGAAGUCGAUGUUAGUGGUGACUUUGCAGGCCCUCCAUGA